CGAGGAUGUCAUACGGCCAGUUUGGGAUCGAGGUGACUUUUGUCCCAGAGGUGAUCCGGUACUCGAGGGACCGGAUCGCCUACACGUCCCGCAAGAUGCCCUUUCCUUCGCUGUACAACGCGGCCAAGGAGUCGAUGGAGGGGUACACGAGCCAGUACAGGUUUGACGACUACGACCUCGUCUUCGUGAUCGCGCCACAGGUAAACCCCACCGGCACCAAGGGCGUGGCGUGGGUUGGGCAGAAGGGUGCCAUGUGCAACGGCUGCGAGACCCUCUCGGACAGCUUCAAGGUCAUGGUGGCGGUGCACGAGCUCGGGCACAACCUCGGCCUGAAGCACGCGUCUUCCAGCUCUUUGGAGUACGGCAACGUCUUCGACUGGAUGGGCAACUACCCGGACGUGGUUGGCCUGCACUACGGCCUCGGCUACAAGUGGCGCCUCGGCUGGAUCUCCGACCGAAGCCUUUACGAGAUCGGCGACGCAGACCUCUCUGGCCUGAGCGCAGAGGUGGAGCUCAACCCCUUCGACGCCGAGACGGCACCCCAGGCGG